UCUCUAAUGGCUGAACAACAACAACUGUCGGCGACUGACAAACUUUCGCAAACUUCAUCAGAGACAAAAGAAAGUUAGAGAUAUCGGCUUGUGUUGUUUCUGUAACCGGUUAGGGUUAUUUGUCUGUUCGUCUUAUAGUCACAAAUGUGGGAUUACUGAUGGAUCCGAGGUAUGAUAUUCCACGGAGGGCCGCCGGCGGUGGCGGCGGGGGCUCCGCGAACUCGUCCCCCGCUCUGGGGGCUCAGUCACGCCGCAGGAAGAUGCCUCCCAGACCCGCUGAUUUCAAACUUCAGAUUAUCAUUAUUGGCUCUCGUGGUGUUGGUAAAACAAGUCUCAUGGAAAGAUUUACCGACGACACUUUCUGCGAAGCUUGCAAGUCAACCGUAGGAGUUGACUUCAAAAUCAAGACGGUUGAGCUGAGAGGGAAGAAGAUUAGACUACAGAUAUGGGACACCGCAGGUCAGGAGAGGUUCAACAGCAUCACAUCAGCAUACUACAGAGGAGCCAAGGGAAUUGUGCUUGUGUAUGAUAUCACAAAACAGGAGACCUUUGAGGACCUUCCCAAGUGGAUGAAAAUGAUUGACAAGUACGCCUCAGAGGAAGCAGAGCUUCUGCUGGUCGGGAACAAGCUGGACUGUGAGACUGAUCGCAUCAUCUCCAGGCAACAAGGAGAGAGGUUUGCCUCUCGAGUAAGUGGAAUGCGCUUCUGCGAAGCUAGUGCGAAGGAUAAUUUUAAUGUGGAUGAAAUCUUCCUGAAGCUUGUGGACGACAUUCUUAGCAAGAUGCCUCUGGAAGUUCCCAACAAGGAGCUUUCCAACAGUGUCCUGUCUCUGCAGCCUGAACCGGAAGUGCCACCGGAGUUGCCCCCUCCUCGCAUGCGCUGUUGCUGAGAGUCGGAGUGGUCCCCCACCCUACCUAUGCGCGCGCACACACAAACAUACACACAAACAUACACACACACACAGCUCAUACAUGCAGAGUACCAAUCUGGCCACUGGGGGGCAGCACACAGCAGCACUUUGGAAUCGGUGACUGCUGCUGAAAUGCAUGGACUCUUUAAACAAGCAGUGUUAUCUUCCUUUGAUUAUUCUCCUGUUUUGUAACUGUACACUAUGACCUGCUUCACACUAACACUUAGGCCUGAUGAAUCACCCACUUCCUUCCACCUUUCUGUCAACACUUGACCCAGACUACCUCAUUGCUCAGACGGUUAGGCUAGUUGUGCCCCGCAGGUGCCUUCCAGGUAGAGAGUCCUCUGGUAGCAGUUGCACUUUUUUUUUUUUUUUGCUUUGUUUUUGAGGAGGGCCAUUACUGAGGGCCUUACAACUUGUUUGGUUCCGGUAGUCCUUUAUCAUCACACCAAGUUUAACAUUGUCUGAGUUGGGUCUGUUAUCUCUGCAUUUACUAGCUCACAGAAAAGGGAUGACAACAUCUCACGGCUUCCCUGCUUAGUUUAAACUCUUGAGGCUGCAGGUACAUAGUUUUAGUGUACUUUUGUGUGCUCGUUAAUAUGUAUGGUUUCAAAGUGGCUCAAGGUAAACAAAAGCACACUGUGUAAAUAUAGUGUGUUUCUGUAAUGACUGGACAUGGUGCAGGUGGUUGUGGCCAGCAGCAGGGGUUGUGUGGUGGUGAUAUCAUAUCAGUUUAUAUUGCUUUGCCUUAAUAGUAUUAAAAUGGCUGGAACAGCUCGUUUCAAAUGUGUAUAAAUUGUAAUGUUUUGCACUACAAUCCAUCUUCGCUAGUUAAGCUGACAUGCAGAAAAGGAAAGUACACGACUUGUAGUUUAGCACUAAUAAAGAUCGAUCUGGCCUUGGCACUGCCGCUCGGAACUCUUCCACACCCGAUCGGGACGCAAGGAGAGAUGGGUAGUGUAGUCUUUGAGGGAUUUGUCUUUGUACAAGGGAAUUCUCCCUGUGUUUGUGGCCGGUAUAUCAGAGCAGAUAGUACACUGGCAUAUGUGGGUCAGCCUUUGUUGUGUUUUUGUUACUAAUAUUUGUGCUUUGUCUUUUCCUUUGAAUUCAGAUACAGGUUAGAGACAAAAACGUGUUUCCCUUUUGGAGGGAAAAAUGCAGGAAGGUUUGAUUAGUAUUUGAAUGACUCAGGAAUCUUUGGUCGGUUCCUAUCUGUUGUGCUAGCGGCUCGAUUGGCUUUGAGUUCUUUUUAAAAAAAAAUGCUUAAAAUGAUCAUUUGCAUUUUUUUCUUUUGAUUUUGAUUUGGCAGUUUGUUACGGACCAGUUUGUGGAUUAUCUGUUACUUCCACAUUUUCAGAAAUACUAGGCAGUGCAUAUAAUCUAAGCCUUCCUGUGUAUGAUUAAAUCCUUUAAAGGGGACCUAUUAUGCUAUUUUCAUAUUUGUAUUCUUGGACUCUACUAGAGUAGCUUUGCAUGAUUCACUUAUACUGGGCUUCACUGAAGACCCUCUGUUAAUCCAUCGUCUGAAACAAGUCGUUUAAGCUCCCAUACCCCUCACUUUGAGCCUGGGAUGUCAAACUAAUUUUACAUGGUGGGCCACAUACUGCCCACUUUGGUUUGAAGUGUGCCUGACCAGCAAAACUCCUCUCUCCAUCAGUGUAAAGAUGUUUAACUACACCUUUAAUCCCAUUUAAUCUAAGAAAAACAAGUGUCAACAGUACAUCAUACACGAUGAAGACAUUUUGCAGUAAGUGAAUUAAAUCUGUCAGCAUAAAUAAAUAAAUAUGUAAAAUAACAGAAAAAACAUAAUUUAUUCAUUCAAAUCAUAGAAACCUUCAUAGGAACCUUAAGAUGUUCCAAAGCCGUCCAUUGGGCUGGAUGGAAGUCUUUCCCUGGCCGAUUCUGGGCCUCAGGCUUCAUGUUUGACACCCCUGCUUUAAUCCAAAAAUAUUCUGAUUGGUUGCCCAUCACAUUCACAACACUUGAAUGGCAGAUGGGUGAAGUUUCUGUGUAAUAUCUCAAAAACAAGAUAUUGCACUUCUUUGGUCCGGUCACAUUCAAAUCUCAGCAAUAAAACCGUGUUGUUGUUUUUUUUAAACUGUCUGAAAGUGAAUAUUCAGAGCAGUCUGAAGCCUAAACUUGACUCAUUGCACAUACACUGAUUUAAAAAUUUGAGUCAGUUCAAUUUCUGAGCAAGCAUCACCACAAUGUGACUGAUUGAGAUGUGGAGAAGCAUAAUAGGUCCACUUUAAUUCUUCCGUCUUUGUUUCCUAAAUGACUUCAAGUGUAGCGCUGUGUUUGUGUUUCGUUAGAUGUUGCAGUAAAAGCUCAAGUCUGAGGGUGAGGAAAACUGCUCAAGUGAACCGAUUCAAAAGGAAUGACUUUAGUUAAUUUUUUCUUGUUUUGUUGUUGUUUUUUAGAUUGAAUUUUUAUGUUAAAGUCGAGCUUUUGUGGUAAUAAAAUGGCACAUUAUGUAUUCUAACAAAUGAAAACGUUCAUCCCAAAACGGAGAUGUUGAAAAUGCGAUGCCUUUGCUAAUGACACCGUCUCCGUCAUCCAAGCACAUCUUGCAAUAAGACCAUCAGCCAGCAAAACGACCUUUGAAUAAAAAUUAUCAGAAAAUUUGGGGUUUUAAAGGUUGUGUUUUGAAACGUUAGCUGAGGAUUUCUUGAGUUUUUUGGAAGGAAACAUUUGAUUUGUCCCUCUUCCUUUGACUUUUUGCAUUUCACACUAACCCUGUGGUCUCUGUUUUAAUAGCUCAAGCCUUACUUUACUACUCAGUGUUUAAAAUAUACAUUAAAAAAGUGCUUUUGUUUGAAAUGUGUAUCUUUUAAGAUGGAAGACUGUACUUUGUAUUAAACCUGUUUUUGAGAGGUUUUGGCAUGUUUAAAGCAGAUUUAUGGUAUUUAUAACUUGUGGCAUUCUUGAACUAAUGAAAUACAAUUAAAGAUGUCUAUAUUUA